CAACUAAUCAAAACAACCCAUUUUUCCCUCGCCAAAUUAGAGUUGCGUCUCCCCUGGAUUGGCUUCUUCUCCGAUCUUUCUCUUCUUCCAGUUCCCACACACUCUCUCUCUUCCUAACUUCAAUUCUUCCUUCCCCAUCCCUUUCCAUUCUUUUAAUCCCUUGCCAAUUGUUGGAGAGCAUCCUUCGCUUGCUCAGUUCAUUAUCCAACAUGGCCAGUCUCAAUGGGAGUUUUGCCUCCCCAUCGGCGGACGCCGUGAUCUCCCCCAGACUUUUCGAGCCCUCCGGCCUGGUCGCCACUGUCCUUGAGGGUUUCACCGUAUGGAAGGCUUUGUUGACUCUGUUCAUCGCUGCCGUGAUCUAUGAUCAGUUCCGGUACCUCUGGCUCAAGGGCUCGAUUGUCGGCCCAGCAUGGAAGCUGCCCUUCAUGGGACCUUUCCUCCAGUCUGUCAAUCCGAAGUUCCAUGAAUACAAGGCCAAGUGGGAUAGCGGCGCGCUGAGCUGCGUUUCCGUCUUCCACAAGUUCGUCGUCAUUGCUUCCACCCGUGACAUGUCCCGCAAGAUUUUCAACUCUCCUACAUUUGUCAAGCCCUGUGUCGUCGACAUUGCGCAUAAGCUCCUUGGUGCCGACAAUUGGGUGUUCUUGGAUGGCAAAGAUCACGUCGAGUUCCGCAAGGGUCUCAACGGCCUUUUCACCCGCCAGGCCCUUUCCUACUAUCUUCCCCGCAUGGAGGAGGUCUACAAUGACUACUAUACUCGUUUCCUCCGGAUCUCCAAGGAGAACAACUUCACUCCUACUCCCUGGAUGCCUGAGUUCCGUGAAUUGAUGUGUGCUGUUUCCUGCCGUACCUUUGUUGGCCACUACAUCACCGAGGAGGCCAUUAAGAAAAUUGCCGAUGACUACUACCUGAUUACCGCUGCUCUUGAGCUUGUCAACUUCCCCGUCAUUCUGCCCUACUCCAAGGCCUGGUAUGGCAAGAAGGCCGCCGACAUGGUCCUGGUUGAGUUCUCGAACUGCGCCGCCAAGAGCAAGGCUCGUAUGGCCGCUGGUGGAGACAUCACUUGCAUCAUGGACGCGUGGGUCAAGGCUCAGCAGGAUUCCGCCAAGUAUCGUGAGAAGAUUGCCCAGGGUAUCGCUGUGGACUCGACCGAGAAGCCGCCUCAACUCCUCCGUGAUUUCACCGACUAUGAAAUCGCCCAGACCGUGUUCACUUUCCUCUUCGCGUCCCAGGACGCCACCAGCGCUGCCAGUACUUGGCUGUUCCAGAUCAUGGCCGAUCGCCCCGAUGUGCUCGACAAGGUUCGCGAGGAGAAUCUGCGGGUCCGCAACGGCGACAUUCACGCCCCGUUGACCAUGGAAUUGAUGGAUAACCUGCCCUAUACUCGCGCCGUCGUCAAGGAGACUCUGCGUUAUCGCCCUCCCGUCAUCAUGGUCCCUUACUUGGUCAAGAAGGAUUUCCCCAUCACUGAGAACGUCACUGUUUCCAAGGGCUCCAUGAUUAUCCCCUCUGUUUGGCCCGCCUGCCACGAUGAGGAGGCCUACCCCAACGCUGACUCCUUCGACCCCGAUCGCUGGAUCACCGGUACCGCUGAGCAGCAGACGAAGAACUGGCUUGUCUUCGGCACUGGUCCCCACUACUGCCUGGGCCAGACCUAUGCUCAGCUGAACCUGAUGGCCAUGAUUGGCAAGGCCAGCAUGGAGAUGGACUGGGAGCACACGCCUACUCCCGAGUCUGAGGAGAUCAAGGUGUUUGCCACUAUCUUCCCUAAGGAUGACUGCCUGCUCUCUUUCCGUCCUCGUGCUUAAAGCAGUUUCCGACUCGCUCUCGAGACAGGACGCCCGAUGCUUUGGAUUUUCCCACCUGCCAGACACAUUGAAAGGUGGAUGGAAAGCACUCGUGUCCAGCAUGUGUUGCGUUGCAUCCUAUCCUGGUGAUAUGGCUGCAGGCAAUCUUCUUCGAACCACCUUUUCUGUUCCUUUCUCGACCUUGUAACUACUUACCGCAUUGCCCGCCUUUUUUUUUCUCUUCUCUUAUCAUUUCGAAGGGUCAAGGGUGAUCACAUUUGCUGAUUGGGUGUAUCCAGCGUCGCUGAAGAGACAAGGCGCCUGGAGGUAUAUGAUUUUGCAACGAACCAUGACUCGUCCGCUUCAGUGAAUUGUGAAGCAUUGAAGUGACCUGUCAUUCUUAGAUUACGCUACCUAGAACUAAUAAUAAUGCGAGACUCGAUGUUGAAA